AUGGUUAGAAAGUCUAGAGCAGCCAUCCUGCCGACUAAUGUUAUCUUGCUUCAGAAUUUGGUAAAAAGAGAUCCUAAGUCUUACCGUGAAGAAUUUUUACAGCAGUAUUCGCAUUAUGAGUCUUUGAGAGAUAUUUUCAUGCUCAGCGCCAUGGAGAGCCAAAGUGCCGACGACACAAACACCAGACAGUUUGUGGAACUAGUUGGCUUCGUAAGCCAGGUUUGUUCGUGUUUCCCCGAGGAAACGGCGAACUUUCCCGAUGAGCUCAAGCAGCUAGUAUUAGACUACCACAGGUCUUUACCAUUUGAAGUGCGCGAAAAGAUCAUUUCCAGUUUGACAAUGCUAAGAAACAAGGGAAUUAUAUCUGCGGAGACGUUAAUUCAAACCAUGUUCCCACUUUUGGUCGCUUAUUCGUCUCACAGCAACGCUUUAGGUCCAAACUCGCAUGCCAAAGAAGUGAGAAAAUUAGUUUACAACACGCUAGUCUCAUUGCUCAAAAGCUGCAACACCGGAUCCAAGAACCAAAAAUUGAACAAAUCGACGCAGGCCAUUUGCUUCAAUCUUUUAGAUCAACCAGAUUCGCAAGGUGUUUGGGCUUCCCGGCUUACGCGUGAGUUGUGGAGAAGGGGUAUUUGGGACGAUUCGAGAGCUGUGGAAAUUAUGUCACAGGCAGCGCUACAUCAGGAUGUUAAGAUUGCAUACUCAGGUGUCUUGUUUUUCCUGGGUGCUGACAAAGAGCGUGAAGAAAACUUCGAAGAAAACUCGGAUGAGGAAGAUGUGGAUAUGGAUUCUCUUAGACACAAGAUGCAGAUCAACAAGAAGAGUGGCAAGCGUGGUAGAAAGCUAGAGUCUGCUUUGAAAACAGUUAGAAAGAAGAAUGCCGGUGCCAAGACACCUCAAGGCUAUCUAAACUUCAGCGCCAUCCAUUUGCUGCGUGACCCUCAGGGGUUUGCCGAUAAAUUGUUCACAAAGCAGCUUUCAAGUAAGAACAACAACAAAUUUGAUUUGGACCAAAAAAUAGCUCUGAUGCAGCUAUUAUCGAGAUUAAUUGGUACUCACAAGUUGAUGGUUCUUGGAAUAUAUUCCUUUUUCUUGAAGUAUUUGACUCCAAAACAAAGAGAUGUAACUAAGAUUCUGGCCUCUGCUGCUCAAGCGUGUCACGAUUUAGUUCCUCCUGACGCCAUCAUGGUAAUGGUCCGUAAGAUUGCCGACGAAUUUGUGAGUGACGGUGUGGCUUCUGAGGUUGCCGCUGCAGGGUUAAAUACUAUAAGAGAGGCUUGUUCCCGUGCUCCAUUAGCUAUAGACGAAACUUUGCUACAGGAUUUAACUGAUUAUAAGGGGUCGAAGGCUAAGGGUGUCAGUAUGGCUGCUAAGUCAUUGAUAACACUUUAUCGUGAAGUGGCCCCAGAAAUGCUGAAGCGCAAGGACAGAGGUAAAGUUGCUUCCAUGGACAUUCAAGAAUCUAAUCGUCAAGGCCAAGAUUCCAGAAGACCCCAAUUUGGUGUGGAAAAUAGCGUUAACGGAAUUGCUGGUAUUGAAUUACUAGCUCAAUGGAAGAAGAACAACGAAGGCGCUGAUGGCGAAUUGCAAGCAGAGGAUGACGAUAAAAAUUGGGAAGCCGAUGAGGGCAACGAAGACGAGGAAGAAAUAGAAGGAGAUUGGGUCACUAUGGAAAGCGACAAGGAAUAUGACGUUGACAUGAGCGACAGUGAUGACGAGGACGACAAGAAGUCCAAAUCCGAAGACAAUGAUGGUUCAAACGAUGCUGCCGAAGCUGAGAAGAUUGACCCAGAAACGGCAUUUAGAGAUUUGACAUCGUCUCGUGUCUUGACGCCUGCUGAUUUUGCGAAAUUGCAAGAGUUAAGAACAGAGCAAGGCGUUGCUCGUUUGAUGGGUGUGAAAAAUGAGGAAACCGUCGAUUCAGAGGGACUCGUGGGCCCUAGGAAACAUCAUAAGAACACCAAAGAAGAAAGAAUGGCGAGUAUUAUGGAAGGUCGCGAAGGCAGAGAGAAGUUUGGAAGCCGCAAGAGUCACAGAGACCAGCAGAGAUCUACAACAAAUCGUGAAAAGGAACGCAAGAAGAAUUUUGUUAUGAUGAUUCACAAGAGGUCUGUCAGGGGUAAACAGAAGAUGUCGCUGCGCGAUCGCCAGAAAGUAUUGCGUCAACAUAUCACUAAGCAAAAGAAGAAGGGCCAUUAA